CAGGCUCAGAGCCACGCUCCCCCGCCCAGGUUACUUGGACGCUUCCGGGUGAGGCUCCACCCCCUAGGGUGCACGUGGUGGGCUGAGGUCCACGCAGCUUCUGGGGUCCGGCGUGCCAGCCUCCGCUCUCCGGAUGGAGGGGACCCCCGCCUGCGGUGCUUCCCGGUUCUCCUGUCCCGCCAACUUUACCGCGGUAUCUCCAGCCUCGGAUCCCCCUCGCUUCUCCUUGGAGGCGCUGACAGGCCCAGAUACUGAACUGUGGUUUAUCCAAGCCCCUGUGGACUUCGUCCCACAAUGCCUCAAUGGGCGGCGGGUACCCCUGUCUGGCUCGCAGAUUGUGAAGGGCAAACUGGAUGGCAAACGACACCGCUAUCAGGUCCUAAGCAGCAGCAGUCCCCAGGCUGGAGAAGCAACCUUGCUGGCUCCCUCUGUGGAGGCAGGAGGAGGACUCACCUGUGCCCCAGCCCCCCAUGGCAAUUUAAAGAUCAUCGAGGGUCCUCAAGAAUCUCUGCUGUUGGGGAUCCCUCUGCAGCCCAUUCCUACAAGCCUCCCCCCACAGAUACCUUCCGGGCUGCGGCCGAGGUUCUCUGCCUUUGGAGGCAGCCUGCCCGUGACAGGGCCUGGGUCCACCUCGGCUCUGAGCUCACCCAAUUUGGGAAAGAGGAAAAAGAAGAGGCAGGUGUUAGAGGCCGUAGCUGCUCAGGAGAGCGUGAAUGGGCAUGGGGCUGUGGAAGUGGACACAGCCUGUGGUGACAUAGAGAUGGACUCUGGGAAGAAGAAGAAGAAGAAGAAGCAGGUGAAUGAAGUGGAGGCAAUGGAACCCGCAGCUGAGAUGUCAGAGCCUCUGGGCCUGCCGUUCCCAUCCACGACCAGUUAUAAAAAGAAGAAAAAGUCCAAGGGGGCAGAGACAGUCCAGCCAGAACUGGGGGUGCUAGAGUCCGAAGAGAUGCUGGGGGAGCUGGAGGCUGUGGUGGAAGCUCAGCCUCCUGAUGGGGUUAUUCUGUCCCUUGCCAAGAAGAGAAAGAGGCAAAAGGAGAUCGAAGGGCCAGAGCCCACAGAGGGGACCACAGCUACCUCACAGCCACAGGUUGGUAUGGAGUCUCAGGAGGAAGCCAUGCUCCUGUCCCCCAAAAAGAAGAAGAGAAAAGAAAAGAGACAAAGUUUGAUGGAGCAGGGGACUGAGGCGGUAGAGCCUGACAUGGGGCUCCAUGGGUCGAAAAUGGAGCCUGAACUGCCGGGUGAACUUGGGCUUCAGGCAGGGCUGGUGUCCCCCAAAAAGAAGAAGAAAGAGAAGCAGCGGGCCCUGGCCCUGGCCCUGGGGAUGGAGGUGACAGAGGCUGCGCUGCCACCUGACCUUGAGCCCCAGGAGGCCCCAGCAACCUCCAAGCAAAAGGAGAAAAUGAAGAAAGUGACAGAGCCCAAGGCUGAGGUGACAGGUCCAAGAGAACUGGGGGAGCCUGAGGCCCGGGCAGUGCACAGAUCCACCAAAAAGAAGAAGAGUCAGGAAAGUGGGGUCCCAGACACCAUGCCUCAGGGGGAAAUGUCAGGGAUGCUGUUGGAGCCUGAAUCUGGGGAGAUGCCUCCCACAGAAGGUAAGAAGCAGCAGCAGAAGAGGAAGCCUCACCAGGAGCCUGUGUAGUGCCCCAGGGAAACAGAGCAGCAAGGCCCAAG